CAACACAAUAAUAUGUGUCAUCUUAAUGGGCAAACGUGUCUUACAAAACAACCGCUUUGUUUCUACUUUCUCCAACACUAUAUAUGAAUCUCAAACAAACAAACCUUAGAUAUUCUCUCACUUUUAAUUAGUUUUCCCUAAAAGGAAGUAGAAUAUAGCAAUGGGACAAGGCCAAGAAGUCAAGACCAGACCUGAACCCCAGGUUGAAAUUCAGGAGAGGGGAGAGAUAUUCUUCUUUUACAGACCAAAAGUGAACAAAGAAGAGGUCCACAGUCCAGAUGAGGUUCAAAGGCUUUAUAUUGUUUUGAGACCUGAGUCUGGUGAAAGGUCUGUUGAAGAGAAGCAGGACCCACUUUCUGGCAAGGAAGGUUCUAUGCACAAGUCAGAACAUUUCUCUUCCUCUCAAACUGAAACUGCCUCUUCAGCUUCAAAUCAAGGUGGUCAUGGAACUCAGGAAGUGAACAUUGAGAAGCAGCCUUUGCUGCGGUUGAUUUUGAUGGGAAAGAAAAGCCUCCCUGAUCCAGCCAAGAAGAAGGGUGUUCCUCAUUGGGGUUUUGUGGAGUUGGUUACAACCCAAAUAGAAGAUAUCAAAACUGCCCUCAAAGGAGAGGAGUAUGAGACUGCAACAAGAGGGCACCGCCACCAGCCUGGUGGUAGAGCUCUAGGAGAAGGCAUAUACCGUAUUCUUCGUCACAAUCCAAACAAGAAAAUGCACACACAUCUGAUCUACAAGCUCGAAUUUCCAGCCGAGGGUGAAAAGAAUGAGCCACAGGAAUCGCUCAACAUCGAACGACAAGGCUCAUUCCUAAUCCAAAUAAAGAAUCCUGAUGUUCAUGGUCAGCAGAAGGGUGGUAGUAGUGGUGCUUCUGGCUUUAGAGGCCUUCAAAACAAGCGCAAGGCCAUGUUUCCAGCCCACCUCCAAGGCCAAUUCGGGCAUAACCGAUACUCGCCUGCCGAUCCCCCGGACUUUUUGAACUAUGAAGGCUGCGAGUUCCUACUCAUUGCAGCCUCAGAUGACAUAGAGGAGUUGGGACUUGAUUUGAAGUCAGAAGGAUGUGAUCCAUCGGACAAGUCUUGUUCUGAUUUGGUCAACACUUUUGGUGAGAAUGCUUAUUCGACCAAGUCCCUUUUUGAAGGGACUUGGGAUUGACGACCAAAUGAGAAUCAAUAGGAGCUAAUGCUAAUGCUAACGCUAAUGUAGUAGCAACAAGAAGGGUAGUUCUGUUUUGUUGUUUUUCGGGUUCUAUAUGUGUGGUAAAUUAUGCAUAUAUGUUUGGUUUUGACGAAACUAAACUAUGUUAGGACGUGCAUGUUUGUGUUUGUGUGUAAAAGAACUCCAAACUAUGUAUGAAUCUUUGUUUUGUGGUUAAGGAUUCAAUGGAGAUAACUGCUUUUAUUGUA